AUGGCCUGUGGGAGGAAACCGGAGUACCUGGAGGAAACCCACGCAGACACGCGGAGAACAUCCCUGAGCAGGCUCAAGAUGGAGGAAUACCAAAAGGCCAUAACCUUCCUCCAGGACAUCAUCCAUCUGUUCAGUGGGAUGGAGAUUGGUCCAAAGGGAGACACCUUUGCCUCUCGCUAUGUUAUUGGGGAAAAAUUAGGUGAAGGAGGCUUUGGAGCUGUCUACAAGGGAAGACGUGUUUUUGAUGACUUGCAGGUGGCCAUCAAAAUCGUCUCAAAACAGCACGGGCAAGGACGUUAUGUUCAAAGUCCUGUUGAGCCUAAGGCUGUGCCUGUGGAGGUGGGUCUGUUGCAGGUAAUGAGCCAGCCGCCCAUCUGUAACAAUAUAAUACAGCUCAUCGAGUGGUUCAACGAGCCUUACCGUUACAUCCUAGUUUUGGAGCGCCCAGAUCCUUGCACAGAUUUGGAGAGCUUCACUGAUUACUUUGGAGGUUCCAUUGAUGAAGAGAGAGCUUGUGCCAUAAUGCUCCAGGUACUAGAGGCAGUAUGCCAGUGCUGCAAGAGAGGUGUCAUGCACCGAGAUAUCAAACUGGAGAAUAUUGUGAUCAACACAGACACCUCAGACGUCAAGCUUAUUGACUUUGGCGGCGGAGAUUGGAUCAGGAAAACUGGUUAUAACGUAUUUGCAGGCACAUUUGAGUACUGCCCUCCUGAGUUCCUUCUCAAGGGGAGGUAUCAUGCCAAACCUGCCACAGUUUGGUCUCUAGGUGUCCUACUGUUCAGGGUGGUUUAUGGAAACCUUCCCUUUACAGAGGAGGAGGAUAUCGUUGAUGGGCUUCUGUACUUCAAAGACGGCCUAUCCAAUGAAUGCUGCAAUCUGAUUCGCUGGUGCCUGCAGUACAACCCAACCAGGAGGCCUAAUUUGCAGCAGAUCAAGCAGCAUGAUUGGUUCAGGUGCAACGUGACAGCCUAUCAUAAUGACAAAAUAUCGUAA